CCCUUCCAGACUGCAAGGUGCUUGGGUAAGUUGGGAAGUUGACGGCGCAUUUCCCAUUAGUACGCAGUAGAUCUACUGAUCAUGGCGCCUGUCACGAAGUACAGGCCUCAACGGUUCGGACAUUUCUCGCAUUGUUUGUUUACUCCAGAGUACAAUGAUUAUGUACAGUGCAGUGUAGAGAUAAGUACAGACUCAGUGUACACAUGGUAGAUCGUCUAGUCGUCUGUACCACGAUGACAGUCUACCAUGUCCGUGGUCUACUCAGCUCUCUUGCAUCUGUCCUAGAUGUUGUCCACCCCUUGGCGUGGUUUUACAAUAUCAGCGUGCACGACAUGGCCGAGUUGACACACACCCUCCAAGGCAACUACAUGUACCACCAACUGGGAGGUAGAUUCUACAUACAAGUACGAGUAUAGUCAUGUACCGACAUCUGGGAGAGCAGAUAUCAGUAGAAUGUCAUGUAGAUCUACAUCGCUCAUUACCUGAUUACUAGUACUAGUAGUAGUAGCGGCGGGAGGAGCAGCAGACCUUUGCCCGGGUUUUGGCAGGUCUGUAUUGUAGGCUAUGCUAAACGUCGGUCCAACCUAAACCAGAUUCGUUGAGAAUGCGAUGAAGCAAACGGUUUGACAGCUGGGCUGUCAGAUACGAAGAUCAUCACCGAACGACCCUCCGGACAAGUACCGUGAUCUCCGAUAUGGUGAUCCUUGCGCUCUGUGGCAAGGUCAACGCCUUCCUCAAUGAGAAAUUCUGGUAAGAAAGGCGUUUUGCAAUUAUUUGCUUCGGAAGAGCUGAUGUUCUGAACGAACGCUAGUUCAUAUUUUGAAGGACGAUUAUCAAAAAGAGAGAGUGAGAGAGAGAGAGAGAGCGAAAGAGAGCAUAGUAGUGUGCCGCCCGCUCUUGCAAGAUGAUGUGUCCCGGGCCAAGCCCAGUAGUCAGAUCGGCACAGGUGGGCUGAGUUUGUAAAAGCACUAGAAUCAUUGCUGCUGGCCAUGGCAACACCAUCGGGUCGUUUCCAGAAAGUUGGCCAGGAGAAACUGAACGAUGCAGACGCGGCAGCACGGAGUACCACGGAUAAACAGGCCGCUGGAGGAGCUGACCAAGGAUGGGGCGACAUCCAGCGGCGAGCGUUCACCAACUGGUUCAACUAUCAUUUGAGAGCCUAUUACAAGAAGCAUGACAUCGCUGAUGGAGGUACCGUUGCGGAUCUGAACGAAUCCCUAGGCAAUGGACUUCUUCUUAUUCUACUGCUGCAGCAGCUGUCCAAGAAGAAAUUUCCCCGCUACAACAAGAAGCCUCGCAUCAAACAGCAGGAACUGGAAAACCACCUGCAAGCCUUGCGGUUCAUGGAGAAGGAGGACAUAAAGCUCGUCAACAUUGGUGCUGAGGACCUGCAAGGGGGCAACCCAAAGCUAUGGAUGGGCGUCAUCUGGACACUGAUCGGCAAGUACGCAAUUCGCAUUGCCAACUCACGCAUGACACCCAAGCAAGCCAUGCAGAACUGGCUUGCAACAGUGAUGCCGCAGUAUCGCGUGGCCAACUUCGCCAGCGCAUGGAACAAUGGCAUUGCUCUGUGUACACUGAUUGACGCCAUUCAGCCAGGGCUGUGUCCACAGCAUGCAUCGCUUGAUCCGAAAAACGGUCUGGCAAACUGCGAGCUGGGAAUGCGUCUAGCCGAGGAACACCUCGGAAUCGAGCGCAUCUUUGAUGCCAGCGAUCUGAACAACCCGCACAUCGAUGACCACAGUACCAUGACCUACUUGAGCUUGUUCACGCCGAAGACAGAUGACAGGCUACUGGAGUGGAUCAAGGAGAAGAUACCAGAGUUCAACAUCACCAGCUUUGGCGGUAAAGACUGGAAUUCAGGACUGGCUCUAGCCGCACUUGUCGAUGCCGUUCAGCCAGGUCUGUUCCCAAACCACAAGAAGCUAGACAAAAAGAAUGCAAAGCGCAACGUGGAGAAGGCAGUGACGCUUGCAAAGGAGAAACUUGGAAUUGAUGAUGUUCUGAAGCCAGAUGAAAUCAUCGAUCCCAGCCUGGAUGAGUGGCUGAUGGCAACAUACAUCCAGGGAUUUCAGCUCUGUGUUGUAUUCCAGCCAGCCGUUGCUAGUGGACAGGGACUGGUAAAGGCUGAUGUUGGUCAGCUUGCCACAUUCACCGUUGAUGCAACCAAGGCUGCAGAGGCGGACCUGAGCAUCAAUAUUGCUGGCCCGCACUCGCAGCUGAAAGCAGACGUUACCCGUCCCAAGGAAGAAGAGGCUAUGUUCACCGUCACAUACACGCCGAGCGAGCCUGGCAUGCACACGAUCACCAUAUUCCACGGCGAGCGUCAGGUGUCCGACUCUCCAUACAACGUUCCUAUCAUCGACCUAUCCAAGUGUACAGUAUCAGGAAAGGCUCUCGAGGCCGGUGCACUGCUCAAGCAGCCGUACACACUCACAGCGGACGCAAGCCGUGCAGGACCUGGGAAACUGGAAAUCACACUGCUUGAUCCGAGCAAGGAGAACUGCCCAGUGGAGGUCACGCCAGGAACGGACGGUUUCCACAAGAUCCAGUGCCCUGCGCCGAAAGCUGGUGUGUAUGAACUGACUGCGACAUAUGCGGGACAGGUCAUUCCUCAGUGCCCGCUCUUCAUCCACGUCAGUGAUCCAAGCGCCUGCCAACUGCUGACCAAACUGAAGAAAGGUUACUUGCACCUGGUGAACAAGCCGUUUGAAGCCUUGCUGAACAUGACCGAAGCUGGCAAUGCCAGCCUACAAGUCACUGCAACAUGCGGAGAGAGCACAGAGCAAGUUCCUUACACACAGCCCGACAAGAGAGGAAUGGUGGUGGCAACGUUCGUGCCCAGAGCGCCCGGCUACUACGCUAUCAACAUGCAGCUAAGCAGCUGUCACAUCCAGGGUUCCCCUCUCCUGCUACCUGUCGUCGACCCCAGUCUGUGCACACUCGUCGGGCUGCAGCCUCGCAUUCCUGUUCGCCAGGCGUACCAAUUUCAAAUGCUGACCAACCAGCCGGUUCCAGCUGACCUUGACGUGAAGAUAUCUGGUGACAAUAACUGUAACACGCCGCAGGUCACAAGAUCCAACGGCACGCCCGGAGAGAACUUCAGCAUUGCCCUGCAUCCCACAGGCAGCGGCAAGAUCACCGCACAGCUGACGUGGGCGGGCGGCGUUGUCCAGGACAGUCCCGUCUCCUUCGAAGUGGUCGACGUGUCACGCUGCGCCCUGGUCAGCAUCUCGGAGCGGGUUCGUGUCGGAGAGAUGGUCAACGUGGUUGCAAGUGCACAAGGUGCAGGUGAUGGAAACAUGGAGAUGCGUGCAGCUGGUUCAGUGCUCAAGUAUGAGUGUACAGUGCAACAAGAUGGCCAUAACUACUCAACAAGUUUCAAAGCUGGUGAGAAAGGUACUCACCAUGUUCAUAUCGACUGGUGUGGCAUUGCCAUCCCUAGUUCACCGUUCCAGGUGGAGGUUCUGCCCGAGAUCACGUCACAUCAAGUCACGGCCAAGGGCCCUGGCCUGGUGGAAGCGCUGACGGAAACGACGGCGAAGUUCGACAUUACUGCACCGGACAGUGGCUUGCUGAAGCCAGGCAUGCUUGCAGUAGCAGUCUGUGAUGCUACAGGUGAAACCCUAGAUGCAGCCUGCACGGACAAUGGUAACGGAACAUAUGAUGUGGCAUACACGCCGCUAACUGCAGGAAAGGCCACAGUCAAGAUAUCAUACGCUGGUACAGAUAUCACACUAUCACCAUACUCUGUGCCCGUCCACAAGAAGCCAAGGCCUGAUCUUUGCUCGGCAUCAGGGAAGUGCCUGGAUCCAGCGAACAAGAACUACAAAGAUCAGCCCGGCGACAUCAUGGUCGACACAUCUGAUGGCGGUCAGGGAAAGCUCUCUGUAGCUGUUCGCAGGCCGGACAACAGCAGUGCCGUCGUUUUCUUAGCACGCAUUGGCAAGGAUGUCGCAGUGCGAUUCGACUGUGAUCUACUUGGCCGGUAUCAAGUUGACAUCAAGUGGUCAGGAGAGCACAUUCCAAAGUCACCGUUCCAUGUUGAUGUUGUCGCACGACUAGAAGCCCAUCAACUUGUGGCUAAAGGCCAAGGCUUGGUAUCAGGAUGGACAAAUGAAAUGGCAGAGUUCAACAUUUCAGCCGUUGUGCCUACACCCAUUGAAGCUGACUGCCUGGAUGUGGUGGCCAUUCCACCAUCAGCUCUAGUGAAUGGUGACCUAAACACACUGGAUGACCUACCAGCUGCUGCCAAGGUUCUCCCAGUGUCAUUAGCUCUAGCCGAGAAGUCAUCCGGAAAACGUGGCGACUCCUACAAAGCUACCUACACCCCUGUGGAACAUGGUGACCAUCAAAUCAGUGUGCGUUAUCGCCAUCAACAUAUCCCUUGCUCACUAUUCCGAGCAACGAUCCGGGAGUCUCCACAGGCCAGCAAGUGCAAACUGACAGCAGACUGGAUCCCUAGUUCGGCCGCACCAGGGGCAGUCCCUGACUGUACGCUGCUGACUGGUGAUUGCUGUUUGGCAAGCAUCGACGCCACUGCAUCAGGAGAUGGUCAAUUGACAGCCAGUCUAACACACACCACAAGUCAGUCUGCAGUGCCCAUCUCCGUUGGUGUGGCUGCUGCUGACAAGUGUUUCGCGAUACGGACGGAUACUCUUGUGGAAAGUGGAAAGUACCGCGCUGAUGUCAAAUGGUCUGACCAACACAUCCCAGGCUCACCAUUCUACAUCGUAGUGGCGGAGCGUUUGACAGCCACCCAGAUCUCCGCAACUGGUCAGGGAUUGCAAGAAGGAUGGACGCAGAAACCAUCAGAGUUUGUGAUUCACGGUACACGCCAGGGUCUUCACACUGACGGAAAGCUGAGCGUUGAAGUCAAAUGUCUGGAGAAGAACCAGAAUCAGAAGGCAAAGGGAGGAGCCACUGCAACAGCGGCGUCGGUAGCCCAGUCAGGCAUGCUUAAAUCCGACGUGAAGGACAAUGGUGACGGUACAUAUUCAGUCAUGUACACGAGUGUGGAUCCCGGUGUGCAUGAGGUUUGCAUACUGUAUCAGGAUCAGCACAUCAGCAGCUCUCCAUUCAAACCAGUGCACAAGAUGUCACCUGAUGCCACAAAGUGCAAUGCUCGCUUCACCUGGCUGAGAUCCGACGGAAGUGUUGGAACCACUGGCCAGAAAGAAAAAGGUGGCCAGGGCACAACAGACAAACCCACUGUCACAGAAGGAGACAACGUGCAGCUGAGCAUUGACGCAACCAACGCAGGAGAAGGUGAACUGACAGCCAAGGCACAGUGCAACCAGGAGCCGAUUGAUGUUCUCAUUGACACCAUGAAGAACAAGAGGGGCCGUGUGUACAUUCCAAGCUUGUCUAAGCCCGGUGAAUAUCGUGUGGACGUGGAGUGGUCCGGUAAACCAAUUUCCAAAUCGCCGUUCCUCUUCACCGUUGUGGAACGUCUAGAAGCUGAUGACAUGACGGCUACCGGCGAUGGACUGCAAGCCGGAUGGACGCAGAAACCAUCAGAGUUUGUGAUUCACGGUACACGCCAGGGUCUUCACACUGACGGAAAGCUGAGCGUAGAAGUCAAAUGUCUGGAGAGGGGCCAGAAUCAGAAGGCAAAGGGAGCAGCCACUGCAACAGCGGCAGCAGGGGCAUUAAUUGAAUCGCAGGUGAGAGACAAUGGUGACGGCACGUAUUCCGUGGAAUACACGAGUGUGGAUCCCGGUGUACACGAGAUAUGUGUGCUGUACAAGAAGCAGCACAUCCGUGGCUCUCCAUUCAAGCCUGUCCACAAGAUGUCACCCGAUGCCAGCAAAUGCAGCGCAAGACCAUCAUGGCUCAAAGACACGGCGUCUGCUCUGACCAGCGCUGACGGCAAACAGCAAAAGCCUGCUGGCAUCAGAGUCAAGCCAGGUCGCAAUGACGCUGAGCCACAGACAGACAAUGCUGCGGUGGUAACAGAGGGAGACAGUGCACAGCUUAGCGUGGAUGCCAGCAACGCAGGAGAAGGAGAACUCACAGCAACAGCAUUGUGUAAUGAUGAACCCAUCGACGUUCUGGUAGACUCAAUGAAGGACAAGAAAGGUCGUGUGUAUCUGCCCAAUGUACCAAAGCCUGGUGAAUAUCGUGUUGACGUGGAGUGGUCCGGUCAACCAAUCGCCAAGUCUCCUUUCCUCUUCACCGUCGUUGAACGCCUGUCCGCCAGUGACAUGACGGCUACCGGCGAUGGACUGCAAGCCGGAUGGACGCAGAAACCAUCAGAGUUUGUGAUUCACGGUACACGCCAGGGUCUUCACACUGACGGAAAGCUGAGCGUUGAAGUCAAAUGCCUGGAGAAGGGCCAAAAUCAGAAGGCAAAGGGAGCAGCCACUGCAACAGCGGCAGCAGGGGCAUUAAUUGAAUCGGAGGUGAGAGACAAUGGUGACGGCACGUAUUCCGUGGAAUACACGAGUGUGGCUCCCGGUGUACACGAGAUCUGCGUGCUGUACAAGAAGCAGCACAUCCGUGGCUCUCCAUUCAAGCCUGUCCACAAGAUGUCACCCGAUGCCAGCAAAUGCAGCGCAAGACCAUCAUGGCUCAAAGACACGGCGUCUGCUCCGACCAGCGCCGACGGCAAACAGCAAAAGCCUGCUGGCAUCAGAGCCAAGCCAGGUCGCAAUGACGCUGAGCCACAGACAGACAAUGCUGCGGUGGUAACAGAGGGAGACAGUGCACAGCUUAGCGUGGAUGCCAGCAACGCAGGAGAAGGAGAACUCACAGCAACAGCAUUGUGUAAUGAUGAACCCAUCGACGUUCUGGUAGACUCAAUGAAGGACAAGAAAGGUCGUGUGUAUCUGCCCAAUGUACCAAAGCCUGGUGAAUAUCGUGUUGACGUGGAGUGGUCCGGUCAACCAAUCGCCAAGUCUCCUUUCCUCUUCACCGUCGUUGAACGCCUGUCCGCCAGUGACAUGACGGCUACCGGCGAUGGACUGCAGGCCGGAUGGACGCAGAAACCAUCAGAGUUUGUGAUUCACGGUACACGCCAGGGUCUUCACACUGACGGAAAGCUGAGCGUUGAAGUCAAAUGCCUGGAGAAGGGCCAAAAUCAGAAGGCAAAGGGAGCAGCCACUGCAACAGCGGCAGCAGGGGCAUUAAUUGAAUCGGAGGUGAGAGACAAUGGUGACGGCACGUAUUCCGUGGAAUACACGAGUGUGGCUCCCGGUGUACACGAGAUCUGCGUGCUGUACAAGAAGCAGCAUAUCCGUGGCUCUCCAUUCAAGCCUGUCCACAAGAUGUCACCCGAUGCCAGCAAAUGCAGCGCAAGACCAUCAUGGCUCAAAGACACGGCGUCUGCUCCGACCAGCGCCGACGGCAAACAGCAAAAGCCUGCUGGCAUCAGAGCCAAGCCAGGCCGCAAUGACGCUGAGCCACAGACAGACAAUGCUGCGGUGGUAACAGAGGGAGACAGUGCACAGCUUAGCGUGGAUGCCAGCAACGCAGGAGAAGGAGAACUCACAGCAACAGCAUUGUGUAAUGAUGAACCCAUCGACGUUCUGGUAGACUCAAUGAAGGACAAGAAAGGUCGUGUGUAUCUGCCCAAUGUACCAAAGCCUGGUGAAUAUCGUGUUGACGUGGAGUGGUCCGGUCAACCAAUCGCCAAGUCUCCUUUCCUCUUCACCGUCGUUGAACGCCUGUCCGCCAGUGACAUGACGGCUACCGGCGAUGGACUGCAAGCCGGAUGGACGCAGAAACCAUCAGAGUUUGUGAUUCACGGUACACGCCAGGGUCUUCACACUGACGGAAAGCUGAGCGUUGAAGUCAAAUGCCUGGAGAAGGGCCAAAAUCAGAAGGCAAAGGGAGCAGCCACUGCAACAGCGGCAGCAGGGGCAUUAAUUGAAUCGGAGGUGAGAGACAAUGGUGACGGCACGUAUUCCGUGGAAUACACGAGUGUGGCUCCCGGUGUACACGAGAUCUGCGUGCUGUACAAGAAGCAGCACAUCCGUGGCUCUCCAUUCAAGCCUGUCCACAAGAUGUCACCCGAUGCCAGCAAAUGCAGCGCAAGACCAUCAUGGCUCAGAGACACGGCGUCUGCUCCGACCAGCGCCGACGGCAAACAGCAAAAGCCUGCUGGCAUCAGAGCCAAGCCAGGUCGCAAUGACGCUGAGCCACAGACAGACAAUGCUGCGGUGGUAACAGAGGGAGACAGUGCACAGCUUAGCGUGGAUGCCAGCAACGCAGGAGAAGGAGAACUCACAGCAACAGCAUUGUGUAAUGAUGAACCCAUCGACGUUCUGGUAGACUCAAUGAAGGACAAGAAAGGUCGUGUGUAUCUGCCCAAUGUACCAAAGCCUGGUGAAUAUCGUGUUGACGUGGAGUGGUCCGGUCAACCAAUCGCCAAGUCUCCUUUCCUCUUCACCGUCGUUGAACGCCUGUCCGCCAGUGACAUGACGGCUACCGGCGAUGGACUGCAAGCCGGAUGGACGCAGAAACCAUCAGAGUUUGUGAUUCACGGUACACGCCAGGGUCUUCACACUGACGGAAAGCUGAGCGUUGAAGUCAAAUGCCUGGAGAAGGGCCAAAAUCAGAAGGCAAAGGGAGCAGCCACUGCAACAGCGGCAGCAGGGGCAUUAAUUGAAUCGGAGGUGAGAGACAAUGGUGACGGCACGUAUUCCGUGGAAUACACGAGUGUGGCUCCCGGUGUACACGAGAUCUGCGUGCUGUACAAGAAGCAGCACAUCCGUGGCUCUCCAUUCAAGCCUGUCCACAAGAUGUCACCCGAUGCCAGCAAAUGCAGCGCAAGACCAUCAUGGCUCAAAGACACGGCGUCUGCUCCGACCAGCGCCGACGGCAAACAGCAAAAGCCUGCUGGCAUCAGAGCCAAGCCAGGUCGCAAUGACGCUGAGCCACAGACAGACAAUGCUGCGGUGGUAACAGAGGGAGACAGUGCACAGCUUAGCGUGGAUGCCAGCAACGCAGGAGAAGGAGAACUCACAGCAACAGCAUUGUGUAAUGAUGAACCCAUCGACGUUCUGGUAGACUCAAUGAAGGACAAGAAAGGUCGUGUGUAUCUGCCCAAUGUACCAAAGCCUGGUGAAUAUCGUGUUGACGUGGAGUGGUCCGGUCAACCAAUCGCCAAGUCUCCUUUCCUCUUCACCGUCGUUGAACGCCUGUCCGCUAGUGACAUGACGGCUACCGGCGAUGGACUGCAAGCCGGAUGGACGCAGAAACCAUCAGAGUUUGUGAUUCACGGUACACGCCAGGGUCUUCACACUGACGGAAAGCUGAGCGUUGAAGUCAAAUGCCUGGAGAAGGGCCAAAAUCAGAAGGCAAAGGGAGCAGCCACUGCAACAGCGGCAGCAGGGGCAUUAAUUGAAUCGGAGGUGAGAGACAAUGGUGACGGCACGUAUUCCGUGGAAUACACGAGUGUGGCUCCCGGUGUACACGAGAUCUGCGUGCUGUACAAGAAGCAGCACAUCCGUGGCUCUCCAUUCAAGCCUGUCCACAAGAUGUCACCCGAUGCCAGCAAAUGCAGCGCAAGACCAUCAUGGCUCAGAGACACGGCGUCUGCUCCGACCAGCGCCGACGGCAAACAGCAAAAGCCUGCUGGCAUCAGAGCCAAGCCAGGUCGCAAUGACGCUGAGCCACAGACAGACAAUGCUGCGGUGGUAACAGAGGGAGACAGUGCACAGCUUAGCGUGGAUGCCAGCAACGCAGGAGAAGGAGAACUCACAGCAACAGCAUUGUGUAAUGAUGAACCCAUCGACGUUCUGGUAGACUCAAUGAAGGACAAGAAAGGUCGUGUGUAUCUGCCCAAUGUACCAAAGCCUGGUGAAUAUCGUGUUGACGUGGAGUGGUCUGGUCAACCAAUCGCCAAGUCUCCUUUCCUCUUCACCGUCGUUGAACGCCUGUCCGCCAGUGACAUGACGGCUACCGGCGAUGGACUGCAAGCCGGAUGGACGCAGAAACCAUCAGGGUUUGUGAUUCACGGUACACGCCAGGGUCUUCACACUGACGGAAAGCUGAGCGUUGAAGUCAAAUGCCUGGAGAAGGGCCAACAUCAGAAGGCAAAGGGAGCAGCCACUGCAACAGCGGCAGCAGGGGCAUUAAUUGAAUCGGAGGUGAGAGACAAUGGUGACGGCACGUAUUCCGUGGAAUACACGAGUGUGGCUCCCGGUGUACACGAGAUCUGCGUGCUGUACAAGAAGCAGCAUAUCCGUGGCUCUCCAUUCAAGCCUGUCCACAAGAUGUCACCCGAUGCCAGCAAAUGCAGCGCAAGACCAUCAUGGCUCAAAGACACGGCGUCUGCUCCGACCAGCGCCGACGGCAAACAGCAAAAGCCUGCUGGCAUCAGAGCCAAGCCAGGCCGCAAUGACGCUGAGCCACAGACAGACAAUGCUGCGGUGGUAACAGAGGGAGACAGUGCACAGCUUAGCGUGGAUGCCAGCAACGCAGGAGAAGGAGAACUCACAGCAACAGCAUUGUGUAAUGAUGAACCCAUCGACGUUCUGGUAGACUCAAUGAAGGACAAGAAAGGUCGUGUGUAUCUGCCCAAUGUACCAAAGCCUGGUGAAUAUCGUGUUGACGUGGAGUGGUCCGGUCAACCAAUCGCCAAGUCUCCUUUCCUCUUCACCGUCGUUGAACGCCUGUCCGCCAGUGACAUGACGGUAAGUUUUGCAGCCCUUUCUGCAGUCUUGCCUGAUUCUGCUACCGGCGAUGGACUGCAAGCCCGAUGGACGCAGAAACCAUCAGAGUUUGUGAUUCACGGUACACGCCAGGGUCUUCACACUGACGGAAAGCUGAGCGUUGAAGUCAAAUGCCUGGAGAAGGGCCAAAAUCAGAAGGCAAAGGGAGCAGCCACUGCAACAGCGGCAGCAGGGGCAUUAAUUGAAUCGGAGGUGAGAGACAAUGGUGACGGCACGUAUUCCGUGGAAUACACGAGUGUGGCUCCCGGUGUACACGAGAUCUGCGUGCUGUACAAGAAGCAGCACAUCCGUGGCUCUCCAUUCAAGCCUGUCCACAAGAUGUCACCCGAUGCCAGCAAAUGCAGCGCAAGACCAUCAUGGCUCAGAGACACGGCGUCUGCUCCGACCAGCGCCGACGGCAAACAGCAAAAGCCUGCUGGCAUCAGAGCCAAGCCAGGUCGCAAUGACGCUGAGCCACAGACAGACAAUGCUGCGGUGGUAACAGAGGGAGACAGUGCACAGCUUAGCGUGGAUGCCAGCAACGCAGGAGAAGGAGAACUCACAGCAACAGCAUUGUGUAAUGAUGAACCCAUCGACGUUCUGGUAGACUCAAUGAAGGACAAGAAAGGUCGUGUGUAUCUGCCCAAUGUACCAAAGCCUGGUGAAUAUCGUGUUGACGUGGAGUGGUCCGGUCAACCAAUCGCCAAGUCUCCUUUCCUCUUCACCGUCGUUGAACGCCUGUCCGCCAGUGACAUGACGGCUACCGGCGAUGGACUGCAAGCCGGAUGGACGCAGAAACCAUCAGAGUUUGUGAUUCACGGUACACGCCAGGGUCUUCACACUGACGGAAAGCUGAGCGUUGAAGUCAAAUGCCUGGAGAAGGGCCAAAAUCAGAAGGCAAAGGGAGCAGCCACUGCAACAGCGGCAGCAGGGGCAUUAAUUGAAUCGGAGGUGAGAGACAAUGGUGACGGCACGUAUUCCGUGGAAUACACGAGUGUGGCUCCCGGUGUACACGAGAUCUGCGUGCUGUACAAGAAGCAGCACAUCCGUGGCUCUCCAUUCAAGCCUGUCCACAAGAUGUCACCCGAUGCCAGCAAAUGCAGCGCAAGACCAUCAUGGCUCAAAGACACGGCGUCUGCUCCGACCAGCGCCGACGGCAAACAGCAAAAGCCUGCUGGCAUCAGAGCCAAGCCAGGUCGCAAUGACGCUGAGCCACAGACAGACAAUGCUGCGGUGGUAACAGAGGGAGACAGUGCACAGCUUAGCGUGGAUGCCAGCAACGCAGGAGAAGGAGAACUCACAGCAACAGCAUUGUGUAAUGAUGAACCCAUCGACGUUCUGGUAGACUCAAUGAAGGACAAGAAAGGUCGUGUGUAUCUGCCCAAUGUACCAAAGCCUGGUGAAUAUCGUGUUGACGUGGAGUGGUCCGGUCAACCAAUCGCCAAGUCUCCUUUCCUCUUCACCGUCGUUGAACGCCUGUCCGCCAGUGACAUGACGGCUACCGGCGAUGGACUGCAAGCCGGAUGGACGCAGAAACCAUCAGAGUUUGUGAUUCACGGUACACGCCAGGGUCUUCACACUGACGGAAAGCUGAGCGUUGAAGUCAAAUGCCUGGAGAAGGGCCAAAAUCAGAAGGCAAAGGGAGCAGCCACUGCAACAGCGGCAGCAGGGGCAUUAAUUGAAUCGGAGGUGAGAGACAAUGGUGACGGCACGUAUUCCGUGGAAUACACGAGUGUGGCUCCCGGUGUACACGAGAUCUGCGUGCUGUACAAGAAGCAGCACAUCCGUGGCUCUCCAUUCAAGCCUGUCCACAAGAUGUCACCCGAUGCCAGCAAAUGCAGCGCAAGACCAUCAUGGCUCAGAGACACGGCGUCUGCUCCGACCAGCGCCGACGGCAAACAGCAAAAGCCUGCUGGCAUCAGAGCCAAGCCAGGUCGCAAUGACGCUGAGCCACAGACAGACAAUGCUGCGGUGGUAACAGAGGGAGACAGUGCACAGCUUAGCGUGGAUGCCAGCAACGCAGGAGAAGGAGAACUCACAGCAACAGCAUUGUGUAAUGAUGAACCCAUCGACGUUCUGGUAGACUCAAUGAAGGACAAGAAAGGUCGUGUGUAUCUGCCCAAUGUACCAAAGCCUGGUGAAUAUCGUGUUGACGUGGAGUGGUCUGGUCAACCAAUCGCCAAGUCUCCUUUCCUCUUCACCGUCGUUGAACGCCUGUCCGCCAGUGACAUGACGGCUACCGGCGAUGGACUGCAAGCCGGAUGGACGCAGAAACCAUCAGAGUUUGUGAUUCACGGUACACGCCAGGGUCUUCACACUGACGGAAAGCUGAGCGUUGAAGUCAAAUGCCUGGAGAAGGGCCAAAAUCAGAAGGCAAAGGGAGCAGCCACUGCAACAGCGGCAGCAGGGGCAUUAAUUGAAUCGGAGGUGAGAGACAAUGGUGACGGCACGUAUUCCGUGGAAUACACGAGUGUGGCUCCCGGUGUACACGAGAUCUGCGUGCUGUACAAGAAGCAGCACAUCCGUGGCUCUCCAUUCAAGCCUGUCCACAAGAUGUCACCCGAUGCCAGCAAAUGCAGCGCAAGACCAUCAUGGCUCAAAGACACGGCGUCUGCUCCGACCAGCGCCGACGGCAAACAGCAAAAGCCUGCUGGCAUCAGAGCCAAGCCAGGUCGCAAUGACGCUGAGCCACAGACAGACAAUGCUGCGGUGGUAACAGAGGGAGACAGUGCACAGCUUAGCGUGGAUGCCAGCAACGCAGGAGAAGGAGAACUCACAGCAACAGCAUUGUGUAAUGAUGAACCCAUCGACGUUCUGGUAGACUCAAUGAAGGACAAGAAAGGUCGUGUGUAUCUGCCCAAUGUACCAAAGCCUGGUGAAUAUCGUGUUGACGUGGAGUGGUCCGGUCAACCAAUCGCCAAGUCUCCUUUCCUCUUCACCGUCGUUGAACGCCUGUCCGCCAGUGACAUGACGGCUACCGGCGAUGGACUGCAAGCCGGAUGGACGCAGAAACCAUCAGAGUUUGUGAUUCACGGUACACGCCAGGGUCUUCACACUGACGGAAAGCUGAGCGUUGAAGUCAAAUGUCUGGAGAAGGGCCAGAAUCAGAAGGCAAAGGGAGCAGCCACUGCAACAGCGGCGGCAGCGGCAUUGCUUGAAUCGGAGGUGAGAGACAAUGGUGACGGCACGUAUUCCGUGGAAUACACGAGUGUGACUCCCGGUGUACACGAGAUUUGUGUGCUGUACAAGAAGCAGCACAUCCGUGGCUCUCCAUUCAAGCCUGUCCACAAGAUGUCACCCGAUGCCAGCAAAUGCAGCGCAAGACCAUCAUGGCUCAAAGACACGGCGUCUGCUCCGACCAGCGCCGACGGCAAACAGCAAAAGCCUGCUGGCAUCAGAGCCAAGCCGGGUCGCAAUGACGCUGAGCCACAGACAGACAAUGCUGCGGUGGUAACAGAGGGAGACAGUGCACAGCUUAGCGUGGAUGCCAGCAACGCAGGAGAAGGAGAACUCACAGCAACAGCAUUGUGUAAUGAUGAACCCAUCGACGUUCUGGUAGACUCAAUGAAGGACAAGAAAGGUCGUGUGUAUCUGCCCAAUGUACCAAAGCCUGGUGAAUAUCGUGUUGACGUGGAGUGGUCCGGUCAACCAAUCGCCAAGUCUCCUUUCCUCUUCACCGUCGUUGAACGCCUGUCCGCCAGUGACAUGACGGCUACCGGCGAUGGACUGCAAGCCGGAUGGACGCAGAAACCAUCAGAGUUUGUGAUUCACGGUACACGCCAGGGUCUUCACACUGACGGAAAGCUGAGCGUUGAAGUCAAAUGUCUGGAGAAGAGCCAGAAUCAGAAGGCAAAGGGAGCAGCCACUGCAACAGCGGCGGCAGCGGCAUUGCUUGAAUCGGAGGUGAGAGACAAUGGUGACGGCACGUAUUCCGUGGAAUACACGAGUGUGGAUCCUGGUGUACACGAGAUCUGUGUGCUGUACAAGAAGCAGCACAUCCGUGGCUCUCCAUUCAAGCCUGUCCACAAGAUGUCACCCGAUGCCAGCAAAUGCAGCGCAAGACCAUCAUGGCUCAAAGACAUGGCGUCUGCUCCGACCAGCGCCGACGGCAAACAGCAAAAGCCUGCUGGCAUCAGAGCCAAGCCAGGUCGCAAUGACGCUGAGCCACAGACAGACAAUGCUGCGGUGGUAACAGAGGGAGACAGUGCACAGCUUAGUGUGGAUGCCAGCAACGCAGGAGAAGGAGAACUCACAGCAACAGCAUUGUGUAAUGAUGAACCCAUCGACGUUCUGGUAGACUCAAUGAAGGACAAGAAAGGUCGUGUGUAUCUGCCCAAUGUACCAAAGCCUGGUGAAUAUCGUGUUGACGUGGAGUGGUCCGGUCAACCAAUCGCCAAGUCUCCUUUCCUCUUCACCGUCGUUGAACGCCUGUCCGCCAGUGACAUGACGGCUACCGGCGAUGGACUGCAAGCCGGAUGGACGCAGAAACCAUCAGAGUUUGUGAUUCACGGUACACGCCAGGGUCUUCACACUGACGGAAAGCUGAGCGUUGAAGUCAAAUGUCUGGAGAAGGGCCCGAAUCAGAAGGCAAAGGGAGCAGCCACUGCAACAGCGGCGGCAGCGGCAUUGCUUGAAUCGGAGGUGAGAGACAAUGGUGACGGCACGUAUUCCGUGGAAUACACGAGUGUGACUCCCGGUGUACACGAGAUUUGUGUGCUGUACAAGAAGCAGCACAUCCGUGGCUCUCCAUUCAAGCCUGUCCACAAGAUGUCACCCGAUGCCAGCAAAUGCAGCGCAAGACCAUCAUGGCUCAAAGACACGGCGUCUGCUCCGACCAGCGCCGACGGCAAACAGCAAAAGCCUGCUGGCAUCAGAGCCAAGCCGGGUCGCAAUGACGCUGAGCCACAGACAGACAAUGCUGCGGUGGUAACAGAGGGAGACAGUGCACAGCUUAGCGUGGAUGCCAGCAACGCAGGAGAAGGAGAACUCACAGCAACAGCAUUGUGUAAUGAUGAACCCAUCGACGUUCUGGUAGACUCAAUGAAGGACAAGAAAGGUCGUGUGUAUCUGCCCAAUGUACCAAAGCCUGGUGAAUAUCGUGUUGACGUGGAGUGGUCCGGUCAACCAAUCGCCAAGUCCCCUUUCCUCUUCACCGUCGUUGAACGCCUGUCCGCCAGUGACAUGACGGCUACCGGCGAUGGACUGCAAGCCGGAUGGACGCAGAAACCAUCAGAGUUUGUGAUUCACGGUACACGCCAGGGUCUUCACACUGACGGAAAGCUGAGCGUUGAAGUCAAAUGUCUGGAGAAGGGCCAGAAUCAGAAGGCAAAGGGAGCAGCCACUGCAACAGCGGCGGCAGCGGCAUUGCUUGAAUCGGAGGUGAGAGACAAUGGUGACGGCACGUAUUCCGUGGAAUACACGAGUGUGGAUCCUGGUGUACACGAGAUCUGUGUGCUGUACAAGAAGCAGCACAUCCGUGGCUCUCCAUUCAAGCCUGUCCACAAGAUGUCACCCGAUGCCAGCAAAUGCAGCGCAAGACCAUCAUGGCUCAAGGACAUGGCGUCUGCUCCGACCAGCGCCGACGGCAAACAGCAAAAGCCUGCUGGCAUCAGAGCCAAGCCAGGUCGCAAUGACGCUGAGCCACAGACAGACAAUGCUGCGGUGGUAACAGAGGGAGACAGUGCACAGCUUAGUGUGGAUGCCAGCAACGCAGGAGAAGGAGAACUCACAGCAACAGCAUUGUGUAAUGAUGAACCCAUCGACGUUCUGGUAGACUCAAUGAAGGACAAGAAAGGUCGUGUGUAUCUGCCCAAUGUACCAAAGCCUGGUGAAUAUCGUGUUGACGUGGAGUGGUCCGGUCAACCAAUCGCCAAGUCCCCUUUCCUCUUCACCGUCGUUGAACGCCUGUCCGCCAGUGACAUGACGGCUACCGGCGAUGGACUGCAAGCCGGAUGGACGCAGAAACCAUCAGAGUUUGUGAUUCACGGUACACGCCAGGGUCUUCACACUGACGGAAAGCUGAGCGUUGAAGUCAAAUGUCUGGAAAAGGGCCAGAAUCAGAAGGCAAAGGGAGCAGCCACUGCAACAGCGGCGGCAGCGGCAUUGCUUGAAUCGGAGGUGAGAGACAAUGGUGACGGCACGUAUUCCGUGGAAUACACGAGUGUGACUCCCGGUGUACACGAGAUUUGUGUGCUGUACAAGAAGCAGCACAUCCGUGGCUCUCCAUUCAAGCCUGUCCACAAGAUGUCACCCGAUGCCAGCAAAUGCAGCGCAAGACCAUCAUGGCUCAAAGACACGGCGUCUGCUCCGACCAGCGCCGACGGCAAACAGCAAAAGCCUGCUGGCAUCAGAGCCAAGCCGGGUCGCAAUGAAGCUGAGCCACAGACAGACAAUGCUGCGGUGGUAACAGAGGGAGACAGUGCACAGCUUAGCGUGGAUGCCAGCAACGCAGGAGAAGGAGAACUCACAGCAACAGCAUUGUGUAAUGAUGAACCCAUCGACGUUCUGGUAGACUCAAUGAAGGACAAGAAAGGUCGUGUGUAUCUGCCCAAUGUACCAAAGCCUGGUGAAUAUCGUGUUGACGUGGAGUGGUCCGGUCAACCAAUCGCCAAGUCUCCUUUCCUCUUCACCGUCGUUGAACGCCUGUCCGCCAGUGACAUGACGGCUACCGGCGAUGGACUGCAAGCCGGAUGGACGCAGAAACCAUCAGAGUUUGUGAUUCACGGUACACGCCAGGGUCUUCACACUGACGGAAAGCUGAGCGUUGAAGUCAAAUGUCUGGAGAAGGGCCAGAAUCAGAAGGCCAUGGGAGCAGGAACUGCAACAGCGGCGGUAGCAGCAUUGCUUGAAUCGGAGGUGAGAGACAAUGGUGACGGCACGUAUUCCGUGGAAUACACGAGUGUGGCUCCUGGCGUACACGAGAUCGGUGUGCUGUACAAGAAGCAGCACAUCCGUGGCUCUCCAUUCAAGCCUGUCCACAAGAUGUCACCCGAUGCCAGCAAAUGCAGAGUGAGACCAUCAUGGCUUAAAGACACGGAGUCUCCGACCAGUGCCGACGGCAAACAGCAAAAGCCUGCUGGCAUCAGAGCCAAGCUGGGUCGCAAAAACGCUGAGCCACAGACAGACAAUGCUGCGGUGGUAACAGAGGGAGACAGUGCACAGCUUAGCGUGGAUGCCAGCAACGCAGGAGAAGGAGAACUCACAGCAACAGCAUUGUGUAAUGAUGAACCCAUCGACGUUCUGAUAGACUCAAUGAAGGACAAGAAAGGUCGUGUGUAUCUGCCUAAUGUACCAAAGCCUGGUGAAUAUCGUGUUGACGUGGAGUGGUCUGGUCAACCAAUGGCCAAGUCUCCUUUCUUCUUCACUGUCGUUGAACGCCUGUCCGCCAGUGACAUGACGGCAAGUGGAGACGGCCUGUACAAUGCCUGGACCAAGAAGAAGUCCUCAUUCACUGUAAGAGGGAGGCAGGCCGAGCUAGUGAUGAUUAAACGUCUUAAAAUACAAGUGUCCCCAGCCUCGGCAAGCGAUGGCAGUGUUGGAGCGGAUAGACUGCCAGCCACACAGCCGUUGCCAUUGCAGAUCGAAGACAACACUGAUGGUACAUACUCAGUGAGUUACGAGCCCAAGGUAUCCGCUGAACAUACUAUUCACAUUCAAUUGGAUGAUCAGCAUAUUCGCUCGUCACCGUUCAAGCUGAGUGUUCAGCAGUCCCCUGAUGCUUCACUCUGUAGCAUCAUUUCACCAUGGCUCACCGCCAGCCGCUCGGGUAAGAAGCCCGAGUGCACAUGUGGAGAUGUUCUGGAACUAGAAGUUGACACGAGCAAUGCAGGCGACGGGGCGUUAACUGCAAGAGCGCGUUGCGAUCAGUAUCCUGAUGAAGAUGUCAAGGUGAUUGUAGUCAACAAGAAGAACAAACCCAGUCUUGUCUUCAUUCCGAACAUUCCCAAAGAAGGCACUUACCACAUUGAUGUGUUCUGGGAUGGAAAAGCCAUUGCUCAAUCUCCGUUCACAUUCACCGCAGUCAGGCCAUUUGUGCCUGCUGACAUCAAGGCAUCGGGUGAUGGCCUGGUUGAGUGUUGGACACGCAAGCCAGCACAGUUCUCACUGUACGGUGCACUCCCCAACCUCUACCAUAGCAAGCAGCUGCAGGUCAACAUCACAAAGGCCACGCCAGGAAAACGAGGCAGCGGCGGUGUGCAGAACGGUCGCGCUGUCGCCGAUGGCCAUGGUGGGCAUGAGGCACGUGUGUGGGUCAGUGAUCAUGACGAUGGUACCUAUGCAGUCGAGUAUGAAGUCUACCAGGCCGGUGAGCACAACAUCAGCAUCUUGUAUAAGAAUCAAGACAUCCACGGCUCGCCAUUCAGGAUGUCUGCACAAGCGUCACCAGAUGCCAGCAAAUGCCAGAUCACUGCACCAUGGCUAUUACAGAAAAAGGCUGCCAUUGGCACACCUCUCACUGCCAGCAUCUCAACUGCUUCGGCUGGAGAGGGAGUUCUAAGUGCUGAGCUCAUCGAUCCCAUGCAGUCGACGGUACCUGCUACUGUAGCCUUGAAGGAGAGCCGUGAGGAAUUUGACGUUCAAGUACGAUGCUCAGCACUAGGCCAGCAUCAACUAACCAUAAAGUGGAGCGGUGUUCACAUUCGUGGCUCACCAUUCAAGUUCGCAUCUAUACCGCCAACAACCCCAGACCAUAUACGGGUCAGCGGCAAAGGUCUACACCAGGCCACGUGUGGUACAAUGGCAACAUUCAACGUCUACAGCACCGUUGGACUGGCAGGACUUGACACUGAUGCACUUGUCCUGGCCGUGGAGACAGACAGUGGCUAUUCAUUGCCAGUCAAGCUCAAGCAGCACCACAGUGAGCGCGUGGCAACGUACACUGCUCCACCGCAACCCGGCAAUUACCUGAUAUCCGUCCAGUACCACCAUCAGCAUAUACCGCUGUCACCGUUCAAGCUGGAAGUCACAGAGCCACCGCAGCCAGAGCGUCCAGCAAUCUCCAGCGACGGGCCCAAACUUCACAUUCCGCACACAGUGAAAAGCUUGAAGCAAGCAGAGGCACUCGACUUACGAUUGACAUCGGUGGACUCACAUGCACCACCACCACAACUAAUAGCUCUAGACCCCGACGGAGGGCACAUGCCCAUCAGAUUGAGAACUGUGCACGGCGGUGGUACGAGUGCUGGCGGUGGUAAGAGUGCUGGUGGCGGUAAGAGUGCUGGCGGUGGUAAGAGCGCUGGCGGCGGGGCAAUGAGCAUGACUGGCCAGCUGCACACUGCCAAGCCAGGCCAGUACACCAUACAGGUGGAGAGCAACGGUGAACUGGCAGCAACACCGGUCAUCAUCGAUGUCAAGCAGUGCCAAUAUUCACCAGAAGACUUCACGGUUUCUGGUCCUGGAAUACAAAGUGCAGUGACUGGCGUAGCAACCAAAGUGACCGUGCGCGGCCCCGAAUCGGGCUUGGUCAAGGACCGGCACCUGCGACUCGAGGUGCAGCCGAGCAAAGCUGAUGCCAUGCCGCCUUCAACGCGCGUGGAGGAUAAGUAUGACGGCAGUUACUACAUGACAUACACACUCCACUCCGCAGUGGAGCACAGGCUGUCCAUAUGGUACAAGGAUCAACUCAUCCCAGGUGCACCGUUCACCAUCCAAUGCAAACAAGCGCCCGAUGCUUCAGCAUGUAGGGUGCUCGGUGGCGAUGAAACGCCGAAUUUCGUUGGCGGCGAUAACAUCAUGCUCACACUGGACACAUCUUCGGCCGGAGACGGAGAACUGACGGUUGAAGCCAGUGCGCCAGGAGGGCUUAGUGGCCGUGCAUACGUGGCUGAGCCGAUGCGUGGCCGUAAAGACAUACUGCUACCUACAGUUCAGUCAGGUGUCUACAGAAUCACAUGCCUUUGGCAUGGUACAGUAAUACCGGGCUUUCCCAAGAGCUUCAAUGUCACCGAAAACACUGCACUUAAGGUAGUGAAAGUGACAGGCGAUGGUCUGACCAAAGCCAGGGCACUAAAGGAGGCAUCAUUCACAGUCCAGGCAUGGGACACUGGCUUGAUCAGGAGCGGCACUCUCAAAGUCAGGAUUGAUGGCGAGCAAGGCCAAUUGAAUCAGAACAUCACUGAGCUAAAGGGCCGGGGUACAUACCUGGUCAGCUACAUAGCCCCGGCAUCUGGUACCUACCAAAUCACCGUUCUCAGCUACGGAAAGCACAUCCUGGGCUCACCAUUCGCACUCAGAGUCUCCAUGCCACCACAGGCACAACUCUGCACAGCCAUCGGAAGUUGUCUGGACAACGAGUCACCAGUACCCCAAUCGGCCGCUGAGUUCAGCGUUAACACUAGCGAAGGCGGCUGCGGCGAGCUCGAAAUACGCUGCCAGGCGCCCGGCGGCUCAAACGUGCCAGCGUUCCAGUCCGUGCACUCACCAGGCCUGUACAAGAUCAAGGUACCAGCUCAAGAGAGCGGUCGCUAUACGCUGGACGUACUCUGGUCAGGGGAUCACAUACCGGGAUCACCAUUCUUUAUGAAUAUCGCCGGACAGAGUGCAACAUCAGCAGGGCCAGCAGGAGCAAUGGUCAACGUAUCCGGCAGUGCACUGACAAAAGCUUAUGUCUCUACUCCAGCAGCGUUCACCAUCGAGGCUGUCCCAGGCGUUUCCGUCAGCCGUGAUGACCUGGCCGUUGAAGUGGAAGGCACCAAGAAGCAGAGAGCGGAGGUAAACAUUCGUCAAUCCAGCCCCAGCACAUUUUCUGUGUUCUAUGUGCCGCCAACUGUUGGCGCAUAUCUAGUCAGCAUCCUCUACCAGGGACAACACGUUCACAACUCUCCGUUCAAAGUCUCUGUAUUCCAGCGGCCCAGACCCGACAAGGUGGUAAUCAGUGGCCAGCACGUCGACGGUCAGAAGUACUGUGCGGCAGGGCAGCAGCUGCCGUUCAUGGUUGCCACCAAGAACGCUGGCUAUGGCAAGCUAGCCGUGACUGCUACCAGUCCCAGCGGCAAUCCAGUACCGGCAUACACCGCAGUCAGCGCCGAGGACAAGACACUGUACAUGGUGAAGGUAGACACGGCUGAAGCCGGCAAGUACAGGAUACGCGUGAAGUGGAAUGACGUGGAGGUGCCACGCUCGCCAUUGAAGCUACGCAUCUACCCACCGCCGGAUGCUAGCAAAGUAGUUGUCGGUGGCCCGGGUAUCAGCAGUAUCUUGCCUAUAGGGGAACCGACUCACAUCGACAUCGAUGCCACUGAGGCUGGCUUUGGACAGUUGACCGUGCACCUGCGUGGUCCCAGUGCCAGCACGAUUCCCAGCAAAGUGGAGAAAAACCCGGACAACCCACGCCAGGUGGUGGCCAGGUACACGCCACAGCAUGCUGGUGAGUAUCUGAUACGCAUCAAGUGGUCAGGUGUUUCCGUGCCGCAUAGUCCCUUCACUGUCAACGCCAUUGACCGCCAUGCACCGCCUCCAGUGGAUAGGCGACCGAGCUCUCCCAAACCCAAGACGUCCAAGUGGAAGGUGAAGAAGAGCAUAUCUGACCGGAUAUUCGGCUCAAUAGAACCCGACUAUCCUGACGGCGGCCGUGCUCUAGCACGAUCCGACUCAUCUACUCGCAGACAGAGAGCAUGGAGUGAUGAAGACAUCGAGGCAGCACAGCGCGGUCUCUGGGGAGGCCAGCAAGAAGACAUGCCGUACAGCUAUGGCUUCUCGGAGGGGGAAUCGCCUCGAAAGUCAUUCACCGUGUCCUCCGUCACAGACAAGAAGAUCCGCCGGUCACGUGCGAGCCAGCAGCAGUCAUCAGCAGGUGGCUUCUUCUCGAGAAAAAGCAAAGGUGAGGGAGCGAAGUACUCCAGAAAGCUUUCCUCGCCAGCCAUCUUGCAAGGCGGUGGCCCAGGGUACCAGCAGCCCAUGCCUUUCGGAGGGCAAAUGGCAUUCGCGGGUGGCGGUAGAAGCCAGCUGAGCAAUGAGCUGAGGGGACGCCGGUACAACCUACGUUACAGCGCGUCACCACCCAGGAAGGAAUGGGACGGAGUGGAGGCAGACCAGGACUACUCUAUGACCUACGGAGGGCAGGACGAAAGCGAGAUGGCCAGGAGCUGGUUUGAGGCAAACGGCCAUGCCAGGCGCAGCAGUAGAACGAUGGCGAUGUCGGAGAGUGCUUACGAGAGCCACGACUAUGCUGAUCAUGACUAUGCUGAUCUUGACGUUGUACAGGGGACACUACCUCAGGCUGUACAGGGGUCACUACCUCAGGCUGUACAGGGAACGCUGCCUCAGGCUGUGCAGGGUGCAUUGCCUCGAGCUGUGCAGGGAACGCUGCCUCAGGCUGUACAGGGUGCAUUGCCUCGAGCUGCACAAGGUAGCCGGAGGGCCAGUAGUAGUCGGGCUGUGGAUGAUGGCGAUUACUGAACCACAUGCCAGACAACGUACUGAGAUGUCCUGGCACCAAACUUGAAACGGUUACUGAUAGUGUGAGUGGGCAAGACAAUAUUAUGUAUUUCGAAAGUUUCUUGCAUGUCUGAAGUUCUACCCUGUGAUUUCACAGAGAUUCUCACAGAACUCAACAUAUUACAUUUUAGAACACAUGCACUGUGCCUGUGCCAGUACUGUGGCACGGCGAAUGCUCCCGAAGAGUAAUGGACGACAGUCAGGUCCCAUGAGCUAAAAUUAAUCAUCCAGCCUAUCCCAGGCAACAUGCAUGCCAUCAUGUGCAAUUUGUCAUACUAUGCUCAAUCAUACUUCAUGAUAUCUCUUACACUGUGCUCAGUUGAUUAUAUGCCACGAUGUGUAGUAUUGAUGGUUUUCGGAAUGCAUGAGUGUACUUUUUUUUUUUGAAUUUUUCAAUGCAUCUUCUCAGACACUCAGUCUCCGGACAGCGACCAGUUUCAAUGUUUUCCUGAGUUUCAAUGUUUUCCUGGCAUAUUUUAGUAGGACACUCUAGCAUCUAGCCCGGUAUUCAUUCCGGUGAAUUUAACCGCAAUGUCAACACUGCUCACCGCUGCGAUCAAGCAUAGAUGCAGUCUUCAACUAUAUAUGAUUUUAUUACUGAUAUCCUGCUACAUGUA